CCAGAAUUCUGCAGGAGGCAGAAACCUGAUUUAAAGUGGAUUCAUGCUUUAGUGUGAUGAGGCAGCAAGACGGCUCUACUGAGUUAUUGUAGGGAUAGAUGACAAAAGGGGAACCAUGUAAAUCAAACUUUUAUGCACUUGGUACAGUACAGGUUAAUUAAAUCAGCAGCAACAACAACAAUAAAAGGAAUAUGGGCAUUGUAUCAUAUACAGAAGUUUCAGGGUUGUUUUACUGUUGUUUUUCGGCAUAGCCUUUGUUAUACUUUGUAAAUGCAUGACCAAUUUAUGAUUUCAUGGCCAAUUGGCCUUUCUUGUUGUUCUCUGAUAAGAGAGAGAACAUUCUUUCAAUUGCAUGUCAAUAUGUAUUAGCAGGGGCAUAAAAGGAACAUCUUCACAGAGCUGGACAGGACUGGAGAGUAGUGUUUUUUUCCUAGAUGACUUAGAGUGCUGCUCUAAUACACUGAUUCUCAAGAUGUCCCUCACUUGCCAAAUUCUUCUCAUAUCAAUCUGUGCCUUUUUUCAUUUGGCACCUGGAGAUGCAAUGAAGUGCCAUGCAUGCAGUGCCUUGAAUGAAUCAGGUCCAUGUGAACCAGUAGAGGAUUGUGAGAUUGAUGAAAAUGAAGCAUGUUCUGCUACCAAAGUUUAUGAGGUCUGCUUCGCUCAUGGAUCCACAGCUGUUUUUCUAGGCAGCUAUGCACCAGGCGCAUGCCAAGAGGGGCAAGACGUGGUCGACACAGACUUUUCCUGUCGGACACAUCAUCUGACCUGCACUGGCUAUGUCUCGCUCCUCCUAGCGGGCAUCCGGCGCACGGAGAGGCCUUCUGCGUGUUGCUGCCUAAAAAAACAAACAGCACAUUGCUGCCCAGAAAAUGUCCAGCAACAACAAAAGUGCAACCACACACUCAAACAAGUGGCAGUCCCCUCCUGUCACCGACCUAUGUAUGCCCUUUUUCUGUGCGAUUAUGACAACGAAAAGAAAGAAGGUCUUACUGUACAUUCAUUUUAUGCAAUUCUAUCUUUAUUUGUAGUCAAUUUUUAAUAGUCAAUGGUUUGCAGUCGAUGUUUUCAAUACAUUGCGAUGUUUUGGUGCUAAAUUUGUAAAUACAAUAAUUACUACAUAAUGUUACCAUGCAUUUAACUGCUUUUUCUUUCAAUUUGUUGUAAAACAUGAUAUUUUGGUUCUUAAUUUGUAAAAUCAAAAUGUAAUUUGAAAUUUAAUAGGCUUUUCCUUAAUCCUUCCUUAUUAUUCAACAUUCACUUAUCCAACAUUCUGUCAACCCGUUUAUGUUGGAUAAGCGAGACUCUACUGUAUCCUCAACACGUAUGGAUUCCCCUUCAAUCUGUUACAUCACUCUUAUUUUCAUGCAGUAAUUUUUUUCUCUGUAAACAAGUACAGAGAAAGGAUUGGAAAACAUAGAAAAGAAACAGAGAACAAUGAAAAAAGAAAUCAGAAGGGGAGGCAGAGGUAGCCAAGGAACAUUAUCUCUUCUUUUCUGUGUUUUUCUGCUGUUCUCAGAAUCAUAGGACCUCAUCUGAUGGAGUUUUUUCCCCAACUUAGCAUGCUGCUGAGAUGUAAGUGGAAAGGCGGCUGCUGGAGCCCAUCAUUUGACACAGGGCUACUUCUGGCUGAGCUCCAUCCUGGCUCGGUCUUGGCAGCAUGCUUUGAGGAAGCCGUGAGGAUACAGGUGACUAUCUUCACUUAACGAGCUGGGGGCAAUGUGGGAGGAAGCCAGAGACCAGGAAAUGCCAUGGGAUGGUAAGGGGAUGAAGCUGGGUGCUGCCCCACAGUUUCCUCCAUUGCCCCACAGUCUCUCUCAUUGUUCCCUGGAUUCUGGACCUCCAUCUGAUGAGGACAUGGAGCAAUUGUCAGAUAUUGUAAGAAAAGAGAUUCCACCUAAAAAUUAGGAAAACUUUCCUGAUGGUAAGAACUGUUUGGCAAAGCAAUAGAUUUCCUUGGAGUGUGGUGGAAUCUCCUUCUCUGGAGGUUUUUAAGCAAAGGCUGGAUGGCCAUAUUUCAGGGAUGCUAUGAUUGUGUGUUCCUGCAUGGCAGAAGGGGUUGAGGUAGAUGUGGUCUCUUCCAAGUCUAUGAUUCUUGAACUAAUGAACCAUUUGCUAUGUCAACACCUAUGUCAAUUUCAUUAAUUAGCAGUUGAAACUAAGAAUGUUUGGUGUUAAUUAAUUUGAAGAAACCUACUGGAAACUCUGAUUUUUCUGCAUCAUUUAUUUCACUUUUAUAUAGAGGGAGAGGUAUUUAUAAUACUACGAAGCUGCUCAUGGGAUAAAAGUCGCUGCGGUACAACAGAGGAACUUAAAGAUGGGCGAACAAUUGAAGUGAGCUGUUGUGAAGAUGGUGACUUCUGCAAUGAUAAUUUGUAGACAGAUCCAAAAAGUAACUGGAGCAUUAAACGUCUGUUUGUGCCUUUCCCCUUGGAAUUAUUCCUAUCCUAAUUUCUUUUCUCUAGAGAAAUUGAUUGAAACUAUGACUGUUGAUGCAAUUCCAUUCAUUCACAAGAAUUAAAACUACUACCAUGAUCAGAA